GGUAACAGGUUGUCUACGACAGGACAGGGCUGUCUGCCUAUCCGAUCCACUAACGUUACGAUUUUGUAUCUUAAAUUACUAGAAGCCCCAUACAUUGCUGGAAAGUAUACUGAAAAUUCACUGAGAACCAAGAGUCUGACAACUUUCCCACAAAAGAAGUAUGUCUGCCGCCCCUGGCAGCAAGGCCCCUGUGGAUUAUGGCCUCCAGAUCCGCUUCAUAAACGACCUGCAGGACUCGGGAGGGGGCCCAGGUUCGGGCGGGGUAUCUCGACGAGACGCCCCGUCUAAUGCCCCCUCCAGUGGCGGUGGCGGUCGGCCCUCGCGCUACGGGGUAGCGGUGCGUGUGCAGGGCAUCGCUGGCCAGCCGUACGUGGUGCUGAAGGAGGGCCAGAAGGGCGACUCGUAUGGAGUUCAACUCAAGACGCACAGCUACAACAGCCUGCCCAGACACAGAGAGGCCCCCGGCCAGAGGUCCUACCCCCCCGCAGACGACAGCGGCUAUCUCCGCCGCGCCCAGUCUCACGGCUCCCUGUUGGACCGAGACGGCGACGCCAGCGACGAGUUCCCCGACCACUUGGGCCGGCCCCCAGGAGAUGGACGCUCCGGUAGCUACGGCAACCUGGACGGAGGGCUAGGAGUUGGAAGAGAGAGAGGGCGGAGAGGAGGAGGAGGAGGGGGGUUGCAGAGGAACCAGUGGGGAGGGUCGCACGGCGUGGGGCUCAAUGGUUCGCCGGGAACAGGCAGUGAGUACGGCUCCUCGGAGUCCUUCCCCGAUAGCCCCCCUCGAGCUGCCAGCGCCCCACACCGCCAACCCCCACCCACCCAUUCCCCACAACGCCAGCCCCCACACCACCAGCCCCCACCCCACCAGCCCACACCCCACCAGCCCCCACACCACCAGACCACACCCCACCAGCCCCAGCAGCCCCCACCGAACCACAUCCCCGUCAACCGCCUCAUCAGCCAGUUCAACGGAGGCCGCAGUACCGGCGGAGCUGCCAGGGGGCGCUCUCCCGACGUGGACUCGGGACGCCCGGCUGCCCCUCCCCCUUACGCUGCCGCCUCCCUCGUCUCCAACCCGUACUCCUCGCUCCCCUCGUCCAGUCAGAACAGCCUGGGCCGGGGCGCAGGGUCCGUCGGCAAGGUAACGCCAGUGCACAAUUCCACCUCUCCCUCAUCAGCCAAUGAGUGGCAGUCUCAGGGGCGAUAUGUUGCUGUGGAGACUGCACCUGCCAAUCAAGUAGAGGCACAGGUGACCCCUGACCUCUUGCUGGACCAGGGUCAGAGUUCAGGCUCAGAGUUCUCCAAUGAGGACGACCAGAUUCAGCAGAUGAUCUACAGUGUCUUACGGCAGGGGAGCACAGAGAGUGAUGCUGUCAUCAAACAGAAGGUCCGAGUGCUCUGCAGCAAGAUCCACACUCUCAAGGGUCCUCAGGCUGUGAGGGCUGACCCCAUCCUGAAGGCAGAGCUGGAGGAGUCGAGGGACGAGUGUCUGAACCUGCAGGAGCAGCUGGACAGAAAGAAGAUUGAGCUUCAUCAGAUACACACUGAGCUGACUCAGUUGCGGAUGGACAGGGAGAGUGCUGAGGCUCGUGUGCGGGAGCAGGAGGAUCAGCUGGCUGGACUGCAGGACGAGCUGAGGAGAGAAGCCGAGAACAGAGCACACACCGACACACUGCAGACGGAGCUGAUGGCGUUGCGAGCAGAGCAGGUGGAUUCGCAGUCAGCGCGUCAGAAGCUGGACGAGGCGCUGCGGCAGAGAGAGCGCGAACUCACCGCCCUCAAGGGGGCGCUCAAGGACGAGGUGGCCACACACGACCGCGAGAUAGAGGCCCUCCGAGAGCAGUACAGCCAGGACAUGGAGAGGUUCCGCCUUAACAUGGAACAGGUGUCACAGUCUCAGGCUGGUAUAGAGGCGGAGCGGCAGCGUGUGAACAGCUCGGUGAGGUCUCUGCAGCAGCAGCUGGAGGAGAGCAGGGAGGAGGGCGAACACUGGAGGACUCAGUUCCAGAGCAGCCGUGACGAGCUGCGCUCCACCAAACAAGAGCUGCUUCAGGCUCGCUUGGAGAAGGAUGAGUUUGAGGAGGAACUGAAGGAGCUGCAGGAGAAAGUGGAGCUCAUGAAACAGCAAAUGCCUGACCCCAAACAAGCAGAUGCACUCAAAAAGGAGCUGGAGCGUUGCCGUGGCGAUCUGAAGGAGGCUCAGGCGGAGGUGGAGAAGGUGAGGUCUGAGCGGGACAGGAAGCUGAUGGAGGUCGUGACCCUGAAGAAGAGCCACCAGGAGCAGGAGGCCGAGCUCACCUACGAGCGGGACCGCCUCCUCGAGCAGACGCGCCGCCACAAAGACGAGCUGGCCAAAGCACACGAGAAAGCCAAAACGCUAGCUGAGCCCUCAUUGGUGGAGGCUCUGCGCGUGGAGCUGAAGGAGGCGGAGUCGGAGUGUGUGCAUCUGCGUGGGCGCCUGGCAGAUCAAGACGAGGAGCUGCAGACGGAGCGAGAGCGACUGAUGUCCACGCAGACGCAGCUGCACACACUCCGCCACCAGAGAGAGGAGCAGGAGGACGCACACACACGCCUCAGAGAGAAGCUCACGCGACUGGAGUCCCAGCUGCAGGAGCGCGAGUGCCAGAGUUCGGAGGCCGAGCAGGAGCUCCAGCAGGAGGUGCAGAGGCUGAAGGUCCAUCUGGACGAGGCCCGGCGAGGCAGCUCCACGCUGGGCAGGGAGCGGGACGAGCUGACCUUCCGCCUGGAGGAGGGAGAGCGGGAGAAAGAGUCACUGCGCAAGGAGAUCGGCCUGCUGGAGGAUCAGAAGAGACAGGCCGAGAGAACACUGGACAGACUCACCAAAGAGCUGGAGCAGGCGUCGGCGGAGGGCCGCAAGGCGGUGGAGGCGGUGCAGGUGCAGCUGGAGGAGCAGAGGGAGAGGGGCCGCCGCGAUCAGCAGGAGCACCAGAAACUCGGACGCGAGCGCCUCGCCGAGCUGGAGAAGGCCCAUAGUGCACUGCGCUCCGUCCAGGAUGAGCUGUCUCGGCAGAAGAAGGAGUACAUCGCGUGCAGUGAGGAGAAGGACAACGCUUUGCUGGACCGGGAGCUGCUGACCAAUCGCCUGCGCCACCUGGAGGUGGAGGUGGAGAACCAGCGCGGCAGCCACAGCGACAAGACCCGAGAGAUGCGCAGCAUGGAGGAUAAGAUGAAGCAUUUGGAGCUGGAGCUGGAGGAGGAGAGGAACACAGUUGAGCUGAUGACUGAUCGCAUCAACAGGAGCAGAGACCAGAUAGAGCAGCUGCGCUCUGAACUCAUGCAAGAGAGGUCCUCCAAACAAGAUCUGGAACUGGACAAAAAUGCCCUGGAGAGACAGAUAAAGGAGUUUAAGAGCCGCGUGGUGGAGAUGGAAGGGCAGUCACGCUCCUCGUCUGGUGUCUCUCAGCUGGAGUCUAAAGUCCUUGAGCUGGAGGAGAGACUGCACUCUGAGGAGAGGGAGAAGAACGCUGCCCUGUCCUCACAGCGUCGCUUGGAGAGGAAGCUGAAGGACCUUAACAUGGCACUGGAUGAGGAGAGACAACAGUCCACUGACCAAAGAGACCAGCUGUCUCUGCGGGUGAAGGCCCUGAAGCGGCAGGUGGAUGAGGGGGAGAGUGAGCUGGAGCGGGUGGAGGGUCUGCGCAGGAAGGCCCUGAGGGACAUGGAGGAGCAGACGGAGCUCAAGGAGGCCCUGCAGGCACGCGUCAGCGCCCUGGAGAACGAACUCAAGAGGAAGGCCCAGCAGGCCAUGCGUCCCGUGCUGGACUCCUCCGCCCUCAGCUCAGACGACGACUACGACGACGACCUGUACGACCCCACCAGCAUCGCCUCCAUCCUCACCGAGAGCAACCUGCAGACCAGCUCCUGCUGAGAGACCGCUGGCGGUGGAGUCGGCCAGGCCACAGGCCGACUUACGCUUCCGUUUAGAAUCUACGGUGUUGGUGCAGCACAGCCGCAUUAUUUUAAAGCCAAACAAAUGAUACUAAUAUACAGACGUGGCCAUUUACAGAGGUCGGUCUAUCAUCCAUCUUCAUUUAUUUUUUCCAGCUAGCAUUACUCACACACGUGCAAUUAUAAAUGCUCACAGUUGUGUAGACCUCUCGCGCGGGCUACAGCAUAGGUUUUGCAUAGAGCCCAUGCACAGUUCAACCAUAAUUAAGCCGUAUGGCCUUAUGUACCAACAGCUUAGAUUCAGAAGCGCCAACCGGAGCAGCAAGGACACUUGAGGGGUUCUACAGGGUUCGAACAGUACUAAGGAGGGGUGGGUGGGGUCUGUGGUGGGAUGCUUGGGGUAUCGAGGCAUCAUGCAAAGGGAGGGAAUGCUAAUAGCGCUGGGGUAAAGCUAAUAGCGCUGACCUUAGGCUAAUAGCGCUGGGGUAAAGCUAAUAGCGCUGGCCUUAGGCUAAUAGCGCUGGGGUAAAGCUAAUAGCGCUGGCCUUAGGCUAAUAGCACUGGACUUAGGCUAAUUUAUAUGUUUUGAUUAGUAGCAGAGGUAUGGACGGGGCAGAUGCACUGGAGUUUACUCUGUUACGCAAUAAUGGGAGAUGGCGCUAGAGAGGUGGAUACUCACUGAGUUUACAUAGCGAGGUAGCUUAGUGCAGAAAGGGUAGAUACUCACUGAGUUUACAUAGCUAGGUAGCUUAGUGCAGAAAGGGGGGAUACUCACUGAGUUUACAUAGCGAGGUAGCUUAGUGCAGAAAGGGGGGAUACUCACUGAGUUUACAUAGCGAGGUAGCUUAGUGCAGAAAGGGUAGGUACUCACUGAGUUUACAUAGCUAGGUAGCUUAGUGCAGAAAGGGGGGAUACUCACUGAGUUUACAUAGCUAGGUAGCUUAGUGCAGAAAGGGGGAUACUCACUGAGUUUACAUAGCUAGGUAGUUUAGUGCAGAAAGGGGGGAUACUCACUGAGUUUACAUAGCUAGGUAGCUUAGUGCAGAAAGGGGGGAUACUCACUGAGUUUACAUAGCUAGGUAGCUUAGUGCAGAAAGGGGGGAUACUCACUGAGUUUACAUAGCUAGGUAGCUUAGUGCAGAAAGGGGGGAUACUCACUGAGUUUACAUAGCUAGGUAGCUUAGUGCAGAAAGGGGGGAUACUCACUGAGUUUACAUAGCGAGGUAGCUUAGUGCAGAAAGGGGGGAUGGAAAAAGAAGAGGAGGAUGGGUUUGUGUGGGAGGGAAGGGUAUUAAGAGCACAACGAACAUUCCACUGGGAAAGAGGGAAUCGGGACUGCGGCCGAAACCUGAUCGGUCUCCACGUCCCUCACUGGCCAUUGACUACAGACGAAACCUGCCGAGAGAUACGAGUGGUCUUCUCACAGACGAAACCAGUCGAGAGAUACGAGUGGUCUUCUCACCGACAGACAUAACCAGCCGAGAGAUACGAGUGGUCUUCUCACAGACGAAACCAGCCGAGAGAUACGAGUGGUCUUCUCACAGACAAAACCAGCCUGAGAGAUACGAGUGGUCUUCUCACAGACGUAACCAGCCGAGAGAUACGAGUGGUCUUCUCGACAGACAUAACCAGCCGAGAGAUACGAGUGGUCUUCUCACAGACGUAACCAGCCGAGAGAUACGAGUGGUCUUCUCACAGAUCAAAGUGCCUGACAGGCUCACCUGUCAUGACCAUUUCCUCAUAGGCAGCUAACAGACACAGCGGCCCAUUCCUUACAUUCAUGUCUCAUUAUGGUUUUUAAUAAGCACACUCUGCAGUGAAGCAUCAUUGUAGGCUUAAUAAACUCACCGCCAGACUUGACAAAGGUACGCACUUCAGUGACCGCAAUGUAGUAGCAAUAACAAGAUGGCAUGCAAAAUGCCAACUAGAGAGCGAUAAUGAUCUACUCUGCAUUGUGAGGGAGCACAUCAUUAGCACAGGGCAGUGUGCCGCUGGCCUAGCACACACCAGCACAGAGCGCAAUAACGGCAUGUUGCCGUAGACGGCAAGCCGCACAAGGAGGCAAACAGCAGAGAACCGAAUGCUGUCCAGGCACUUCCUGUAGUAAUACACAGGAUAAGCGGGUGUGGCCCUCCUGUCCUGAAGCACAAUGCUAUGGAACAACACUGCAUUCAUAAGGAGAGACACUAAAGUUUGCUGACUUCAUCAACCUUGUAAUUCAAAUAACCAGUGGUUAUUCUGAGGCCCAGCACCCACAGGGCUUGCAGGGUGUAAGCUGACGGUUGCCCUGUAAUUCACAAAGACACAGAGGCCUCAACUGACCACUGCAAAGCAGCAAGGUCACCACCGUCAUGCGUUUUAAUGAUGGGUUCAGUUUGAUGUGUCAUAGUUGCACGUUUAUGGAACCACAACCCUGCAAAGACAUUUCAGAAGAACUGCCAACAAGCAACCUAUGACAGACCACAGAUGCAGGCUAAUGGUAUCAUACUGAUGAUCACUGUGUUCUGUGUAGGUUGUGCUGAAUCAUACCCAGCCCUUACUUAAAAAGUCUUCAUUUCUGUGCACUGUCACUACAAAGCCAAUUGCCUGUUUAAGUAGACAUACUUAUCAGAGAGGUAUGACUUGCAAUAAUAUGCCAUUAAUAACAGUUUGUAAAUGUAUGCAAUUCCUCUAUACAUAAAAUGUAAUGUAAUGAAGUGGAAACACUUUAGCACAGCAUCCUGUGUGUGUAAUGCGAGCAUAAAAACAAUAAUGUAAUUUAUACUUCUUAACAUUCCUAAUCUUUCUGUCGAUAUUUGUCUUGUCUGUACUGUAUGUGACUUUUGGCAUCUUUGCUUGAACACAAAAAAACCCUGAUUACUGAGCAUGGCUGAAUGAAUUAGCAACUUCCACACCUUGUUUAGUAUGUGCAUGGUUCUGCUACAGUAGUGCUGAAACUGAUGCAACUGACUACUGAGAAUCCUUCCUGCAAUCAUAUUAUAUAGGCAAUUUAAUCCGAAUGUCAGAAAUAAGCUUUCACAUAGCUAAAAUAGAGAGAUUAUAUAAGAGUCAUUUUCAGCUGAGGAUGUCAGCAUUAUUACCUUAUAUCUAUACCUACAGUAUCACUACUAUUUAUCUGUCUAUGCCCGAGUCUCCUACUCUUCGGCACAAGUACUUUGCUAUGCACCCCUGACUAUUGUACUCCACUAACUGUUCCUGUAAUUUCACACCAAUGCCUUACAAUCAUCAUGCUGAUUUUAUUUUUCUCUCUCUCUCUCUCUCUGUUGUAAUUCUGUUUGCAUGGUCAUUCCAAAGGAUUUUAAAAUGGUUAACUUCAGUUUUGUACAUGUUUUGUUUUUUAUUUAAGUAGACUUUUCUUUUACAUUGAAAACAUUGAUUUAAUGUGAUUUAUUUCAUUGAUGCAAUUUAUAAUUGAAUAAUUUUUGUGGAAUGCAUUUGAACAUGAAUGGUACCUUAAUGUAGAGAUGCUUUUUGCUGUAGUUUUAUUCUCAUGGAGUAUUUUCAUAUAUGGCAUGGUACAAAAUAAUAAAUAAGGGUUGUUUGGAACUGUAAAUCUGUAUUUUUACAGUAUAAAAUCAUUUUCUAUUUAAAUAAAAA